AGUACAUGGAAAUUUAUGCAAAUUAAAUAGGCCUACUUAACAUAUAUUUUUGCGUGUUAAUAGAAUCAGAGCGUGUUAAUUGAAUCAGAGCGUAAAAAAGAAAAUAUCACCUAUUCUAUAAGGGACAUCGCUAACUGUAAUCGCAUCUCACCUUUAAGUGGUUGGCUGUCUUGCUAGUAAAUGCUUUUCACACUUAAAUAAAUCAAACGAACUCUGAAUCGCUUAAAGCAAUGGACGUGGCAGAUUCUGGAAGCCAGAUGUCUCUGGAGCAGAAACGAAGUCCAAGACUCUGCGAAGAGUCUUCCUGGUUCUCAAGAAUCGCCUGUGUCGUCAUACUGGUGACCACCGCCCUUCACACAGUGGCCAUGGCACUGCCGUACUGGCAGAAGGCUAAUUUCCAAGACGCAUACUUCUACCAUCAAGGAAUCUGGCAUAUGUGUGUUAAAUCUGUUUUUUUGCCCAUACCAGGAUUUCGCCCAGGUCCCAACGGCACAGCCAUACCUGAACUAUGGCAAUGUGCGGCACACCAGUUUCAUCUGAAACCAGAGUUACCGACCAUUCCGGGUGCACCUCCCGCUCCGACUGGCAAACCCGACAUACCUCACCUUUUUCACGAUUGGCUGAAAGUCACACGAGCAUUUGUCGUCUUGGCAACUUUAGCAGGAAUCUUGGGAUCGUUCGCCGCCGUUUCAUUCACCCUCUUGCCCCGGGUCCAAGGACGACAGUACUUCGGGCUGACAGCAGUCGCGUUGUCGCUGGCAACAGGUCUGCUAAUCCUGUUAGGCGUGAUCAUAUUUGGCGCAAAGUCCCAAAAGAUUCUUCCAAGUCCGCAUCCGUUCAUCCAGGAACUGCCCGAGCUGAAGUACGACUGGGCUUUUGGAGUUGAAAUUCUCUGCGCCAUUGUUGCGUUUGUGCCAGGAGGACUCCUCCUCUUUGAUCUGAAGAGCACCGUCUUUCGCAAAUAUACCCAAAACAUUGCCUAGAUUUAUGACAAAAAGAAACAAAAAGAUAACUUUGAAAAGCAGUCAUACGACCAUAUCCAAUAUUAAUAUAUCAAAUUCUUUAAUAUGUCUGAUAUAAAAAAGAAAUAUUUCAAGAAUCAAUAAAUAUAUACAGAAGCAA